AUGGAAGCAAGCAAGUCGAAGAUAUAUGUUAACAACGCCUUCCUUCAUGGUGACUUGGACAAAGAGAUUUAUAUGUUGCUUCCUCCUGGCUUUCGUCACACGCAUCCAUGCAAGUCCUAUGGUGAUUACUUGUUGUUCUCUUACGUGAAAAAUGGCGUUGAGAUGCAUGUUCUCAUCUACGUAGAUGAUCUUUUAAUCUGCGGCAACAACAAUCACAUGCUUCAGAAAUUUAAAGAUUAUCUCAGUUGUUGCUUCUCCAUGAAAGAUCUUGGAAAACUCAAAUAUUUCCAUGGUCUCGAACUCAGCCGUGGACCAGAUGGCUUCUUUAUAUCUCAAUGCAAAUACACACUCGACAUUGUCAGUAAAACAGGUAAUCUGGGUUGUAAACCAGCAAUUACUCCUCUUGAACAAGGACAUCAACUUGACAAUCCUAAACUUCAGAGCCCUUUGCUUGCCUAUCCGAAACUCUAUCGUAGACUAGUCAGGCGGCUAAUUUAUCUUAGUCAUACAAGAUCUGAACUGAGCUAUGCAAUCCACAUCUUAACUCAGUUCAUGCACACUCCGAAAGAGGCUCACUGGGAGGCAGCACUUCGCGUGGUUAGGUUCAUGAAGGGAUCCAUUGGCCAAGGAAUUCUUCUCAAAUCAGAUUUUGAUCUUUCUAUAACAGUCUACUGUGAUGCCGAUUGGUCCGGUUGUCCUCGUACUCGUCGGUCUCUGAGCACUUAUGUUGUUCUGCUUGGAGGCUCACCUAUUUCUUGGAGAACAAAGAAAAAAGAUACUGUUUCUCAUUCAUCAGCCGAGGCAGAGUACAUAGCCAUGUCAGAUGCACUUAAAGAAAUCAAAUGGCUGCGACGUCUUUUGAAGGAUUGGGUAUUAAACAACAUGUGCCAUCACGUUUCUUUUGUGAUAGUAAAGCUGUAA